AUGGCGCCAUACACCCCAAAUGCCAGCGAACUGCCCCAUCUCCGCCGCUGCGUAUCCCUCGCCGCCGAGGCCCUCACAGCAGGCGACGCACCCUUCGGCUCAGUACUAGUCGACGGCACCGGCUCCGCACGCCAAGAAGAGCGCAACCGCAUCACGACAGCCAACGACCAGACCCGCCACCCCGAGUUCGACCUCGCGCGCUGGGCCGCGGCCAACAUGACCGCCGUCGAGCGUGCCGGGUCCACCGUCUAUACCUCCGGCGAGCACUGUCCGAUGUGCGCGGCGGCGCACGCGUGGGUGGGGCUGGGCCGCAUCGUGUACGUCGCAUCGGCGGCCCAGCUUGUGGCCUGGCAGUCCGAGUGGGGCGUCGAGAGCUCGCCUGUCGCGCCGCUGUCGGUCGGGCAAGUUGCUCCUGGGGUCGUGGUUGAGGGGCCUGUUGAGGAGCUUGAGGCGGAGAUCAGGGGGUUGCAUCAGAGGCUGGUUGGGGUCUGA